AUGUCUCUGUGGGUGAGGCCCAUUCUGGGUUCCGAUAUUAUCAGCACACAUCGCGACAGCAAUGUUGAAAUUCAGCUCAUUGAAGAGACAGAGGGAGGAAUGAACAGCCGAUUUGUCCAUGUGGGGAGAUCCCUCAUUGCCCUUGGAACGACCUGCAUCUUCCUGGGGAUCAUCAGCUUUUUCCCGGUCUUUUACUACAAGCCAUGGUUUGCAGGAUGGAGCGUACAGAUUGCUGGUCCCAUCUGGAAUGGAGCCCUGGCUCUCAUCGUUGGAGUACUGGUGGUGUUGGCUGAGAGGGAGGAGAGCUCACGAUCUCUGCCUGGAGCCACGCUGACCUUUGCCCUGAUGACUUUAGUGACCUCUGCUGUACAGUUCACCAUGGAGUUGAUGGCCGUUCUGAUCGGGCCACUCUGCUACUUCUCCUACGCGGGGGCUAGCGGGCUGGGCUACCUGGGCUAUGCGGUCCGCUUCCCCUACCCCUACGGCGUGUCCCCCGUCUGCCUGGAUCCUCCACUCCACGAGUUCUACCACCUGGGCCUCCACGUCCUGGGCUCCGCGUUCGGGCUGGCCAUCUUCUCCCUUGCCAUGGCCAUCUGCCUCAGACUCGCCCUCCGGUACAGCAGGACAGGCACCCUCAGUGGUCAACGCUGGAGAUGGUAACACAGCCUCGCGCUGCCCCGGUCUCUGGAUUACUGGCACGUAGAUGUCAACUGGACCAGAAAUACGACUGUAACCGGGGCUCCGUCUUGGAGGGGCUGGGGUGGCAUAUCACCCAUCCCUUUCCCUCCCCUCUCCCUAUCUCUCCCCUUCCUCCCUCUUCACUCCUACUUCUCCACUCCCUCCCUCUCUCUCCCCCUCUUCUUCACUCCCACUCUCCCCACCCCAUCCUCUUUCUCCCACUUUCUCUCUCUCCUCACCUCUACUUCUACCUCUCUCUCUCUUCCCUCUUUUCUCUUUUCCCUGUCUUCCUCCCUUCUCCCACUUUCCUCCUCAUCCCCCAGGUCUCUGUCACCUUCUCUCUUGCCUCACUCUCCACCCCCUUAUCCUUUCCUUCUUUCCUUUCUCUGUCCCCUCUUUCUACCCCCCAAACUCUUGCCCAUCUUUCUCCCCACAUCCUCCCUCUCUCCCCCUCUCCUGCUCUCUCUCCCUCUCUCUCUUUACCCUCCACCCUCUCUCUCCCUUUUCCACCUCUCCCUCCCCCCACUCUUCUUUCUCCCUCUCCAUCUCCAACUCUCUCUUGUUCCCCCGCUCUCCUACCUCUCUCUUUAUCUCUAUCUACCACCCGCCUUGCCUCAUGUUGCUCUCCCCCUCUGUACCCUGCUGCCCCCUGGUCUCUGUUUCUACUGCCCCUUCCCUUUUUCCACUCCACCCCCACCCUGGUCCCUGUGGUAACAACCCCACCCUACUCGCUACCAAUAACUCUGGGACGGACCUCUGGCCAGCGACAACAACAACUGCCACUUCUGUUGUGCUUCCUGGAACCAAGCGGCCCAAAGAAGGCCCAGCACAGAGUUCAGCUGACAGCGGAGGAGAGGUUGCGGGAGGUACCUCAAGGGCGCAGCGUAGGUGAAUCCACGUCCCCCCAGGGAGGGGCACGGUUGGAAUACCAGGGAACAGGACUACCGUCAGUAUUGGAAUAGAUGGAGAAAGG